UUCUCCAGCCCCGUCCCUGCGGCGCGCGCGCAGCCGUGCGGCCCCUCCCAUUGGCCGCGCCGCCUGCCCGUCGCGGGGCCCGUGGCAGCCUUCAGGUCGUCGGGCGCCGGCGCUCGGUGGCGGCGGCUGCGGGUGGCGGCGGUGGCGGCUGCGCUGCGCGGCGCGGACGGCGGACGCACCUCUGGGGCCGGGCCGGGCCUUGAGGGACCGGGACGAGGCAGGGCCGGGCCGGCGGCGGCCGGGGGACCGCGACGAUGACUCUGGAGUCCAUGAUGGCGUGUUGCCUGAGCGACGAGGUGAAGGAGUCGAAGCGCAUCAACGCGGAGAUCGAGAAGCAACUGCGGCGGGACAAGCGCGAUGCCCGGCGCGAGCUCAAGCUGCUGCUGCUCGGCACUGGGGAGAGCGGGAAGAGCACCUUCAUCAAGCAGAUGCGUAUCAUUCACGGGGCCGGCUACUCGGAGGAGGACAAGCGUGGCUUCACCAAACUGGUGUACCAGAACAUCUUCACCGCCAUGCAGGCCAUGGUGCGCGCCAUGGAGACGCUCAAGAUCCUCUACAAGUACGAGCAGAACAAGGCCAAUGCACUCCUGAUCCGGGAGGUGGAUGUAGAGAAAGUCACCACCUUCGAGCACCAGUACGUGAAUGCCAUCAAGACACUGUGGAGUGACCCUGGCGUCCAGGAGUGUUACGAUCGCAGGCGGGAGUUCCAGCUGUCCGACUCGGCUAAGUACUACUUGACGGAUGUGGACCGCAUCGCCACUGUGGGCUACCUGCCCACCCAACAGGAUGUGCUGCGGGUGCGCGUGCCCACCACGGGCAUCAUCGAGUACCCGUUCGACCUGGAGAACAUCAUCUUCAGGAUGGUGGACGUGGGCGGGCAGAGGUCAGAACGCAGGAAGUGGAUCCAUUGCUUCGAGAACGUGACGUCCAUCAUGUUCUUGGUGGCCCUGAGCGAGUAUGACCAGGUCCUGGUGGAGUCAGACAACGAGAACCGCAUGGAAGAGAGCAAGGCGCUGUUCCGUACCAUCAUCACUUACCCCUGGUUCCAGAACUCGUCCGUCAUCCUCUUCCUCAACAAGAAGGACCUUCUAGAAGACAAGAUCCUGCACUCACACCUGGUUGACUACUUCCCCGAGUUCGACGGGCCGCAGCGGGACGCACAAGCCGCACGUGAGUUCAUCCUGAAGAUGUUUGUGGACCUGAACCCCGACAGCGACAAGAUCAUCUACUCACACUUCACCUGCGCCACCGACACCGAGAACAUCCGCUUCGUGUUUGCCGCCGUGAAGGACACCAUCCUGCAGCUGAACCUGAAGGAGUACAACCUGGUGUGACCAGGGUGUGGCCACCACCAGGGCCAGCUCCCUCCGCAUCCCGUGACCCAAACCACGGGCCAGGGCGCACCGGGGCUGGGGUCUCUUUUCCCUCUCACUUCCUGUCCCUGUCACCGAUCUUCCAGGGCAGGGGUAGCCUCUUUCUGGCCUUGACUCCUUGUGGCUUGAGUUUUUUUUUUUCCCCUAGGGAAAGAGAGAGAGAGAGAGAGAGAGAGAGAGAGAGAGAGAGAGAGAGAGAGAGAGAGAGAGAGAGAGAGAGAGAAACACAUGAUGAGCAGCAGUGGGCCCUCCCAAAGAGUCCCCUACGGCUACAAGGUGAUCAAGGUCAGGGACACUGCAGCCCAAGCCCAUGGUCCUGAGUUCGAGUCCUCCAGGAAGGCUGGAGGUUUGGGGACCACAGAGUCUCCCUUUUCUAAGUUAUUGAUAUCCCAUGUAUACUCACAACCUGCACCAUCUGCUCCCCAGACUCCAAGAAGUGGGGGUGGGCGGCCCCCGUGCCCACCCUGGGAAGUGCCUAACCGUUUUUUGUUUUGUUUUUAUUUUUGAAGAAAAGAGAAAUUCUCUCCUGCACUCUGUCUUGGCAGGGCGGGUGACACACUGCAGGUCCCCUGCUCUGAGUGGCCGUCACUUCUGUGUGUCCCCCUGCCUCAGACAGGGCCAGGCCUGCUGCAGAGCCUUCAGGGACAUUGAGUCCCUGAGAUCUGCUUCCCAAUGGCCUGGCCAGCAAAGAUCCUGGGGACCCCAAGGGGCUGUGUAUAGCUGGGCAGUGGAGGCGCUGGGCAGCUGGAGGUGCCUCCUGUGUGGCUCCGUGACAGCGGGUGCACAGGGGCCUCUUCCGAAUAUUCUCAGGUCCGUCCCCACACAUGGGCAGUGGCCUCGCCCCAUGCCUUGGUCCCUGGCCCCAGUCACUGCACCAUGCCCGGUGCUUCCCAAGCCCAAGGGCCAGCAUCCAGGAGGUGGUGGCCAUGACCAGAGAGGACACAGGCGGCCCCCUGUUGCUCAUAUACACUACAAUGUCUGUCUGUCCGAUUUCUUUACUUUUGCACGUGCAUUCUGGGCUUGGAUAUCUGGCCAUGCCUUUGUCCUGCCUGCCAUGCUGGACUCCAGGCCCCAGAGUGUCCACGCAGACACACGCCAAUCUGGGCAGUUGUCCACAAUUGCUGUUCCAGGCAGAAGGUAACAAGGGACCAGUGGACCCGGCAGAGCCCCAGGAUAUGGACAGGUGGCUGUGACAAGCACCCACAUUCCUGGCCCCCAGCCCGUGGACUCCCCACCUUCUCACGCUGGGCUCCCCUCCUGCCUCCAGCUGAGGGCCCAGUCUUGUGCCAUCCCAACCACAACAGGGCUGUGUGGAUGGCAGGGUCGUCCUGGCCACAUAGCCCUUGGGAGGGCCCGGUCCCCAAAGAGUAGGGCGUCUGCUGCACAACGGGACCCGCUGCACAGCAGAAGAGGACUUGGGACUGUACAGGUGUGUGAGGGCUGGGCCUCCCCAAGCAGCAAAGUGUUAGCCCUUCUCAGUGUGCCAAGUAUGCCAGGGCCUUGGGGCUGUGCUACACAGGUCAGGAUGGGGACCCAGCCUCCCCACAUUCAACCUGGCCCUUGCCAAGGGACCCCGACUGCAGGGGACAUGCUGACUUCUCUGUGUCUGCCCUGACGCGCUGGGAGUGGCUGCUGCGCCCUUGUAUAUUACUGCACAGCCCCGAUUAGGAGAGCACUCAGAACACUGUUUACCCUCGUCCUUUGCGAAGCAUGUUCCUCGUGAGUUGGGGGAGACUUGGGCACCCAGCUCGGCACCAGGCUCCUGCAGGCCCUUGGCCACCAGGGCUGGACGCCAGGGUGCCAGCAGCGGAUCGGGGCCUUGACCCCAUAACCCAGAAGGUCUCGCAGAAGUCACCUUUUCAUAUCUUUCUCUUGGAUUCUGUUUUAAAGCGGAAUAAAUUUUGUUCCUAA